AUGAUUCUCAAAGAUCGCAUCGACAGCUGGGAGGUCGACCCUCAAGCAAAGUGCUCGCUUUUUACCACAUUGCCAAGCGAAAUACGCAUGCGCAUCUUUUCCCUGGCCCUGCUCGCCGAGUACGAAUGGGUGUAUACCUUGGGGAAACCGCAAAACCCUCCUCUCCCUCAGAACCCUUUAGAGUACCCAAACUUGAUCCUUUGCCCGUUCGACCAGGCCACGGACGAGGAUGUCGCCAGCGAAUUGGCCGCUGCGCCCGAGAUUCCGGAACAUGUCGAGGUUUUCCAAGGAGUAACGCCUGGGAGAUUGGCUGGUCCUUGUCUACAUACUCUCUUCCCUCCGGGCCUGGGUGGGGAAUGGUCAAAACCAUACCUAACCACCACUCUGCUCGCUACUUGCCGGCGCGUGUACACCGAAGCACACAUGCUUAUUUACGGCGCCGAAAGAUGGUACAGCGACUGGCUGUAUAUGGAAACAAACACGCACCGGUUCACGUUGAUUGGCGAUGUCGAACCGCCUACUUUUGAAAGCUACGGAUUUGAUGUCCCUAGUCCGCAGGAACAUUGGAGCAAGGAAAGAUUUGCAUGGGAGACAAACUUCAGUAGCAUCCGCUUUGUAGGCAGCCUGAGCUGCUGGGCCGAAUUUUUACUGCAGGAUCCUGAGCUGGAGCUGAGGCGAUUUGCUCAUAUGCACAACCAGCUUGGCACCGUUCGUCAUCUGCGCUAUUCCCCCAGCAGCUCCAAGACCUGGGGCUCCCGGCUUUGGUCCGGGUCGGACAGAAACGUGUGUUGGCGCUGGGAACCACUUGUCUUGUCCGACUCUUAUUCGGGCUGCGUCCUGAAAUCCAUUUACAAGACUGCACGCGCUGUGCCGGAAAAAAGGCACAGCAGCACCGACUUGCCUGGUCGUCCGAGUUGGAUGCCGCGGACCCCAAAUCCUCAGUGUAUCUUUUCUGAUACAUGCUGGGCCAGGGAGUUUGUCAACAUGCCGCGAAUAGAAAGCUUUACCAUGGAUUUCAGCCUGCCCGAGGACGUGCGGGAAGUUUUCGACAAUAUAAUGCUCCCGCAUAUAAUUGACACAUGGGUAAUGCCGCUGAACCCUGCCCACGCCGGCUACCAUUACAUGUCCGCCCGGGGCAAUCCGGUGCGAAAGUUUUCGUGGAGGGGCGCUUUCGACCACUGGAACGAUUUUUGUUUGGAGUGCAACCGCAAUAUGGGAUUUGAUGCGCCGGUCGAUUGGUGCAAAUCGCACAAAGCCAUCCGCGAAAAGUUCGUCAAAGGCGCCGGGCCUAGGAUGUAUAGCUGGACCGUUACCUGGACGCCGAGGAAACACGAAGAGGCGGGCGAGUUUGUGUAUCCUUAUAACGGAGCGAUACAGGUGAAGGAUGAUGAUUUGUAA